AAUUUGUAUUUUGCAGCUCAUUUUAACAACACAUAUAAAGCAAUGCGAAGUGAAAAGUGAUGAGACAGAAAUGCAAAGUUGAUAAAACGCUUUGUGGAACACUUUGCACACUCACUUUGCAAGAGAGUGCAAAGACUUUGCCAAUAAAGCGCAAAGACUUUGCACUGAGCGGAAAGAGCGUAAGUCUUUGCCAAAAUAUGCUCAAUGCAAAGUGAGAUUCGCAAAGAAUAUUGUGGAACAGAAACGCUUUUCACUUUGCAGUACAAUAUCAAUUGAUAAGUGCAAAGUGAAAAGUUGUUUUGUGGAAUAGGGCCCAGAUAAAUUACUGCAUGUUCUACUGUACAACCUUGCAUCUUAUAAACGGUCGACGCUCAAAUCAGUAUGCUAUUUAAAUGUCACUAAAACUAGUUUUAUAUAGAUAUUGCAUAUUUUUGGUGAGCUGCUUAAACUUACUGUCGCCUUCCUACAGUGUCUCUCAAAUAUUCUACGUUUCAGUACUACUUAAAAAAGUUACAAACAUACAUACAUACAUACAUACAUACAAGUGAAGCUAAUAAAAGCGUAUUAAAAAUAAGAAAAAGGGUAAACAGGACGGCGCUCUAAUAGUGUUUAGGAUUAUUUACGUUAGUUUUAAGUUUAUUUUCUAAUAAUGUUAAGUCUGAUCUGGCAAUACUGUUUUAUCUAAGCUUUCUAUUUCUCAUCUCUCUUUUAUCAUACAUUUCUGUUUGUUAUUAUCUUUGUUUGUUAAUAUUUCGAAGUUACGGUAUUUGAAAUUCCUUUGAAUACCGGAGGACAUGUAUGUAAGAAUCUCUUCUCUGAUUGUAACUUAGUGCAGAUGGUACUCAUCUUAAUAAAGCGUUGAGAACUCUACCCGCUGGUAAAAUUAAUUAUUUAACAUUUUGGUGCCUCCUGUGAGGAGAAAUAUUUUUAAAUUUUUUGUAAUUGUUUGUUAUUGCGAUUGUGUGGUUUCAUGGCGGAACUUCAUUGGCGAUCAUCGGCGGUGAAAGCAAUAAAGCGCAUACAUGCACGUGUCUCGGAUGGUGCCAUGGAAAGCCGUGAUGUAUUUCAUCUCCAACAAGAGCUUAAAUCGCUUGAAUCGUAUUUUGAGCGUUUCAUGGAGAACCAUAAUCGUUUGGUUGGAGGAGCUACGUCCACCGAGAUGGGGCCACAUGAUGCACUUUUGAAAUAAGUAGAGGAGCUGUAUACUGCGGCAUGUAGCAGACUUAAUCGUCUCAUCGCAUCGUCAAGGGUUGAGUCUAAUGUCGCUGACGGAACGCGGAAUUGCCCUACGACAUCUCUGGAUGGGCAUUUAGUUGACCUCAAAUUGGACCCGUGGUACACAAUUCUACAUAUCCAGAAGCGUUUAAGUUGGGAAAACUUCGGCAGGCGGUAAAUGCGGCUACUGUUCCUUUAGUUGGUGGAAUAUAUUCAGGUGGCUAUCAGGAGGUUUGGAAGGCUCUCAAGGACCGCUAUGACAACAAAAAGCAGCUAGCGGAAAUACACGUAUCCCAUUUUCUUAACCUCAAAACAACUACCCACGAGUCAUCGCAGUCGUUACUGGGUAUUGUGGAUACGGUCCAUGAGUCGCUGCGUGCAUUGCGUGUUAUGGACAUCCCUAUAGAUCAGUGGGACGCAUUGGCAGUACCAAUCGUGGUGGCUAAGCUUCCAGCGGUAACUAAGCGCGACUGGUGUAUGAGGUGCUCAACUACAGAAAUACCCCAGCUAGAAGAUUUAUUGAAGUUUCUGGAAAGACGUGCUCAUAGCCUAGCUCCUGAACCAUCGGUCUCACUAACGGCUUGCCGUCAGCAACGACCACUAAGGGCGCAUGUAGCUACCACGGAUGCCGCUCUGUGUGCUCAUUGCGGGUUAGCGCAUCGGCUUGCCAAGUGUCCAGCAAUAUUGGCUCUUAGUAUGGAGCAACGAUUUGAAGCUCUUAAGAGAUUGAAAUUGUGUUACAACUGUUUACGUUCGAGUCAUUCCUAUCGUCAGUGUUCGUCUGGUAAUUGUCGAAAUUGUGGACGCAAGCAGAACACAAUCCUAUGUCGAGACAAGGUCAACAACACGUCAACGUUUUCUUCUACAACUACGUCAGCCGUAUGCAAUGAGGUACCUGCGGAGGUGCCGACAGCCACAAUAGCAUGACUACCCGCACCAGCAAAGCCUCUCGCUGCCAAUCCAAAGCCGAUAACUCUUUUAGCAACAGCGCGUGCAUAUGCCUUUGGAAAAGCAUCGGUGCAGCGAGUGGCACGUGUUCUGUGUGAUCCCGGAUCACAGGUUAGCUUUAUAACGGAUCGUCUAGCAAACUGUUUGCAGCUAUAUCGACGAAAAUGUGACUUGAUGGUAGAAGGUGUAGGUGCGACCAUCAAUACUCGAGUGAAAGGCAGCGUUACGUUCACUCUGAGAUCAACAACAUCUAAUUUUGAAAUGCGAAUUGACGCCUUGGUUUUAGCGUCCAUUACUUCACCGACUCCAGCAGUGAAGAUUGACAUGAACCAAUGGCCAUACUUGAGAGGCAUAGAUUUGGCGGACAACCAGUUUGGUACGCCUGGAAUUAUCGACGUUCUAAUUGGCCCGGACGUGUAGGGGCGUCUCAUAGAGGGUGAAGUCAUCGGUGGAAGACCAGACGAACCUUUUGCCCAGCGUACCCGCUUCGGAUGGGUGGUGUUUGGUCCAGCAGCAGUGACCCUUCCUGCAAAGGAAUCAUUGCUCACACUCACCACUUCGCUAGACAGGGAGGACCACCGGUUGGAGGAACUGGUGUCAAAGUUCUGGCAAAUGAAAGAAAUAGCGGUGGUAGACAAUCUGCCAGAAAACGAGUGUGAGCAGAUUUUCGAUACCACCCCAGACGGCCGUUAUAUGGUACAGUUACCCUUACGGCGAAAGGCAACGGAACUGGGUGACUCGUACACACUGGCAUUACAGCAAUUUCAUAGACUAGAGCGUCGUAUGGUUGCGGAUCCAGUCCUUAGAGAAAACUAUAUUUCAUUUACGAGGGAGUAUGCAGCACUAGGUCACAUGGAGACAGUACAACCACCUUACAAUCACACCAAUUGCUACUACAUUCCACAACAUGCGGUUACAGCUAAGUUCCGCGUAGUGUUCAACGCAUCGGCACCUACCAGCACUGGAAUCUCACUGAACGAUGUCCAACUGGUAGGUCCAAUGCUUCAGGAUUCGUUGAGUAGUAUUCUUUUACGUUUCCGACGCUAUCGAGUGGCAAUAACAGCAGAUAUAGAGAAGAUGUUCCGGCAAGUGCUGGUUGCACCUGAACAUCGCGACUAUCAGCGAAUUAUAUGGCGUGAGUCUUCUGCAGACGAUAUCCGAGUAUAUCGCCUGAAGACUAUCACAUAUGGUAUGGCAUGCAGUCCUUACAAUGCAGUACGAACUUUACAACAAUGUGCUCGUGACAAUUUCGCUGUGGUUCCUGACAUACAACAGGCGGCUCGCGCUCGAACUGCGAUAUUAACUUAGUUUUAUGUUGACGACUUCUUGACAAGUUGUGAAAGCGUUAUCGAUGCAGUGGAGCUAGCUAAAAAUGUGGACGCCAUUUUAUCUGCGGGAAAGUUCACCCUAAGAAAAUGGAACUCGAACGAUAGUCAGGUGAUGAUGCGUUUAUCUAAUGAGCAGUCUCUUUCAAGUUAUAUCUUCCAUCCUGGUGAGGCUUCCGUUUUGGGUUUAAGAUGGGACGCACUGUCGGAUCAGUUAUUCUUUCGCGUCGAUCUACGUCAAAGAGGAGAGAUACCCACAAAGCGCCGUGUACUCAGCGAGGUGGCACGACUCUUUGAUCCUACUGGAUUGUUGGCGCCAGUUAUCGUAACUGGGAAGAUAUUCAUUCAGAGACUGUGGUCUACCGGUCUAUCUUGGGACUCACCAUUACCUGACGAUCUUUGCCGUGGAUGGCUGAAGUAUCGGUCACAACUUCCAGAGCUUAAUCAAAUACGAAUCGAGCGGUGGAUGGGCGUGAUUCCACACGUUGAAACAUCAUUUCACGGGUUUUGCGAUGCUAGCUCACACGCGUAUGCAGCGGUGAUUUAUGCGAAGACAUUGCACACAGACGGUUCUGUACGUUUCACUCUUCUGACGGCACGUACCAGGGUAGCACCACUUAAAGCUACUACCAUCCCACGCCUAGAACUUGCGGCAGCGCUACUUCUUACUGAAACAUUCCAGAAUGUACGGGUUUCUUUGGGACUAGUUGACGUUCCCUACUAUCUAUGGUCGGACUCUGCUAUCGUAUUAUGUUGGUUGAGGAAGGAUCCAACAACAUUAAAACCAUUCAUAUCAAAUUGUGUUCGUAGAAUACAGGAGCUGACAUCCCCCACGUGAUGGCAUCACAUUCGUUCUGCUCAUAACCCAGCUGAUUGUGCCAGUAGAGGCAUCACCCCUGGAGAGCUACUAGCACAUCCACUCUGGUGGCAUGGACCUAAAGAAGCAGAGAUGAUCUAUUUGGACAGCAGUGACGUUCCUCUCAGCGAGGAUGAGUCAGAUAUAUUACUCACCGAAAACCGAAAUACGUACAAGUUGAUUACACUCGUGUCACAUCCGUUAUAUACUCGUCGUCCGAAUGGGCACGCUAUUCUGUUAACUGAACGGUUCAGUGAUAUCACUCCAUUGUUUGGAACGAUGGCCAUUAUGCUACGUUGGUUAAGAAACCGUCGACACCUUCGCCAACCGGUUAUCAGUGCUCAGGAACUAGACGUCGCACUAUACACUAUAAUCCGUUUGGAGCAAGAGGAACAUUUUGCAGAUGAAAUCCGUCAAUUGAAGUCUCGUUCAGGUUUGGCAUCUUCCAGUCGAAUCAUGCCUUUAAAUCCCUUUAUAGAUAAGAACCGAAUCCUACGUGUUGGAGGACGCAUUCACAAGGCCGAACUAGGACAUGAUCAACGAUUCCCUAUUAUUUUGCCGAAAUCGACGCCGUUGGUUAAGCUUUUACUACAUCAGGCACAUGAAUCUACACUGUAUGGAGGAACACAACUCAUGCUGCACACUCUUCGUCGCCGCUUCUGGAUUCUGAGUUCCAGGCAAGCAGUCAAGGGUUUCAUCCAUAACUGUGUAGUGUGUCGGCGUCAUAGAGGGGAAGUCCUGAAGCAGCAAAUGGCUUCCUUACCCGGGCAGAGGAUUAGAGCCACUAGGCCGUUCAUCUCAUCUGGUGUCGAUUACUGUGGGCCCUUCACACUACGAAACGGAACGAAACGCUCUCGAACGCUUAUCAAAACGUAUCUCGCAAUUUUCAUUUGUAUGGUCACCAAGGCUGUACACAUUGAGGUGGUUGAUGAUCUAUCGGUACAAGCCUUUUUAGAUGCCUUCACUCGUUUCAUCAGCCGACGCGGUCCCUGUCGAGAUCUAUAUAGUGAUAACGGUACAGCGUUCGUUGGUGCCAACCGACUCUUGAAGGAAGACCUUGCAGCAUGGCAAGGUGAGAAUACCCAGCGAUCGUUAGCGAAUUCGGGCACGCAUUGGCAUUUCAUUACACCCAGUGCGCCGCAUCAAGGAGGCCUCUGGGAGGCGGCAGUGAAAUCCGCUAAGCACCAUUUGGUACGCUGCGUAGGUACGCAGGUCAUGUGGUACAGUCAACUGCAGACGUUGGCUGUAAGAAUAGAAGCCUGUCUAAACUCCCGUCCUAUUACACCACUUUACGACGAUCCUGAGGAGAAACUUGCGUUGACGCCUGCUGAUUUUCUGAUUGGGUCUCCACUACUGGCGGUUCCCGAACAAGAUAUCAAACAAAUCCCUAGCAAUCGACUGAAGCAAUGGCAAUGGAUACGUCAAAUACAACAAGGAUUUUGGAAGCGAUGGAGUGAGGAGUAUCUAACCAUUCUGCAGAGACGAAACAAAUGGUUUCGGCGUACGAGCAAUAUAAGGGUGGAUGAUAUCGUCCUCGUCAAACAAGAGAACCUGCCUCCAACCCACUGGUGUCUGGGUCGAGUGACAACAGUACAUCCCGGAGCUGAUGGAGUGGUCCGCAAUGUCACGUUAAAAACCGCUAGAGGAUACAUAAAACGAGCCGUCCAGAAACUAUGUCUGUUGCUUGAGAAGGAGGAUUUCGAGUCGACCGGGCAGGAUAUUUAGGAUUAUUUACGUUAGUUUUAAGUUUAUUUUCUAAUAAUGUUAAGUCUGAUCUGGCAAUACUGUUUUAUCUAAGCUUUCUAUUUCUCAUCUCUCUUUUAUCAUAUAUUUCUGUUUGUUAUUAUCUCUGUUUGUUAAUAUUUCGAAGUUACGGUAUUUGAAAUUCCUUUGAACUCCUAUAAAUACCGGAGGACAUGUAUGUAAGAAUCUCUUUUCUGAUUGUAACUUAGUGCAGAUGGUACUCAUCUUAAUAAAGCGUUGAGAACUCUACCCGCUGGUAAAAUUAAUUAUUUAACAAAUAGUAUAAUGCAAAAACAGCUAAGCAGUUGAACAAGUGAAAAAAAGGAAACAAUAAAAUACAUAGGCGAUGAACACGCUACGUAUUCUUAAAAUGAAAGGGUACAUAAUACAGACGGUGUAAAAACUGAAGCCUCUUGAACUGCCUUUUUGUUAAGUGAUAAGACCCGUUUCUGACUCAGUGGUUAUUUAAACAAAAAAAUUGCCGCAUUUGCAACCUGAAGAGAUUUAAUAGCUGCCAUCCAGAAAAAACAAUGGUAUGGUGUGGUUUUUGUGGAUCUGGAGAUAGUUGACACUAGAAUACGCCGUCAAAUUCGUAGAUAGCAUGCCUCGGAGAUGCCAGGCAAUUAUCGACGCCGGUGGUGACUGGGCAUAUUAUUGACCAAAUUGCAUCAUUGUUUGUAAUGUGUAUAUAUAAAUAUGAAAGUUUCAUAAAAUGUUUUUUUUUUAUAUGUAAAUUAACUCGACCACGCUCUUACUUUGUAAUGUGUAUAUAUAAAUAUGAAAGAUUCAUAAAAUGUUUUUUUUUUUUAUAAAUUAACUCGGCCACGCUCUUACUUUGUAAUGUGUAUAUAUAAAUAUGAAAGUUUCAUAAAAUGUUUUUUUUUUUUUUAUAAAUUAACUCGACCACGCUCUUACUUGACAGACUGUACCCUUCAAAAUUCUUCUGCCAGUUUAUUUAGAAAUUUUACUUAAGCUAGGUUUUACUAUUCCGGAGCGUAAAUGUAUAACUGGCACGCACUGAUGCAAUCGUAUUUCCGAUAAUUUGGCAAAUUUGGCAUAAGCAUUCGUGAUAAGUUCAUUUUUCGUUGAAGUGAAUUGACAAAAGGCAGGUGGAAUUGAUAUCAAACCACUCGAACCGAAAUUUGCCUAUUUCCAAUUCUUAUCGAAUAUGAUGUAAAAUGUCUUCGGCAACGUAAUUUUGUUCGUAUUCCAAAAUUGACGCGGAUUUGAAGGCUGAUAUGUCGAAAUGACCAUCGCGAAAAGUGUGCGAACUUCAGUGGCAUGCGAAAUAUCAUCAUCAUGUUCCAGCAAUUGUAAUUGCUUGCAUGCUUCUCAAAAAGUUACACACACUCUACCAUUCACAGUACGCAAUGACUCAAAUGAAAUUGAACCACGAACACUUAUCAAUAGCAACCGAAGGUAUUAGCAAUCGUCGUUUUUCGGGUGGAUUAUGUAAAUUCGUCCUAAGGAAUUAGUUGAGAACACACCUGGAUAUCAAUCUACUGGUUGGCCUUACUUUCUGCGCAGCUAUUUCUUCGACGAUGCAUUCCAUGUAUAAUAUCAAGGCAUUUCCGAAUAGAGCAAUGUUCUCGCAAACGAAAUACUGACGCAAGUUGAGAAAGAACUCGUCAAUGUCAAUGUUGUUGGAAGUGUUUCCGCUGGAUGGACUGUAUUCUCUGGGUUGAAAAAUACUCUUCAGCCAUUCUCCAAAUGAACUGCGAGACGCACAAUAGUCGAAAAACGUUCAUGAAUUGAAAAAGUAAAUACCCUACAAAGCACUUUAUUGCAAUCCACGUAUCGACCGUAUCGUUCAAGACCAAUAACCGCCAUAUUGGUUCCUUUGGUGACGUACUUACAAACGUAUUUUAUAGAUUACACCAAACUGCAAUACUAAACAUUGAUAUGAGUUUUGAAUGUGAAUUAGAUAACAGUGGAGAAUACAGUACGAUCCAUAUGUAGUCAACUUCGAUAUUCACUACUCUAAGUUGUAUGGUCGUCUGAUGAGCUACGACGAUAGAGUGGAUAUCCAUCAUUUCCAGUUUGCGAUUCCGAAAGAAAAGCAAGAGUAUAGUGUUUCGUGCAUUUAUUGUUAGACAUACAAACCGAAGUGGGAUUGUAUUGUUCAUGAACCAUACUGGUUUUCAUCACUUCGUUUAAUACGGGAUCUUUCUCUGCAUCAGGAAUUUCCGCAGAAAUGACUUCAUCAAUUUGAUCUGGUGGAACCACUAUCCACCAUCCAAAGAAGAACAUCGUAACUGUUUUUUGAAAAGUCGUGCUGUGCCAACGUGACGAUCGCUUGCUGAUUGACCCCGAUCCAUAAUUCCACACGUAUGCCAUCGCAUCCUGGGAGUACUCGUUCAUGUGCCUUGGCGUUGAUGGCAAAAAGAACACCGACCGAUAUAAGCGGGAUCUCUUCGUGGUUUCGUAACAAAUUUCAAUCUGUUAUUGAACCACCAAUUGGAAGAAGGGAAUAAUUACGAAAAGUUCGAACUGAGAUAAUUAGAAAAAACUGAUUUAGUCUCAACGUAUGGAUCAAAUACCCAUGAUAUGUUAAAAUGUAAUGUAGUUAACAUUGUUGUAAAGAAAAACAAAAGUUAGGGUAGUUUGAAAUUCUUGGAAUUAUUCCCUUUUUCCAAUUUAUGAAAAUAAAGACACAAAUAUUAAAGAAUAUUAGCAUUUAUUAUAUUAAUAACAUAGAAAAUAUAUUGUAUUAAUCCUCAUCUAUAUCAGCACCAUCCAAUGUGUUGUGGGCCAAGACAAAAUCAAAUCAUAAAACGUCUUAUACUCUUCAGGAAUAUAUGGUAUUAUUUUUCGCACAUCUUUCAUCUGUUUUUCGUUUAUGGGUAGUUUUGACCGGUAUGCUUUUUCGUAUUUUAGGAGUAGUUCUUGAUUUUCGGAGCAAAAAAGAUGUCUUUACAAAUCCGUUAAUGAAUUUGGAACAGGUUAAGUAACCUUUAUUACCACUUUUAUACUCAAAAUUUUCAUAUUUUGAUAUUUUAAAAGUUGUACUUUUAUCUAUUGACUUGCAGGUUUUCUUAUAGAACCGCUGCCAUGUUGUUUUAAAAUUCAAUAUGUUCUCUUUAUUAAUGGCUUCAACCAAAAAUACCUUACUUUUAGCUUUCGAAAUCAAGUUGUUGUACUGAGCUGGGACGUAUAUUCUAUCUUUUCUUCUAAUAAGUCUCUUGGCUGUUCCAAAAUUACGAUCACAUUGCAAAAAGAAAUGUCCUCGCCCGGAAAGUAUUGAUUGCUUUCUAAUCAGAAUAAAGCCCAAUUUUUGCGUCGGUGAUAAAAAGAUAGCUCCAUCACUUCCCACUGGAGUCCAAUCGACAGUCAUUCUAGUGGACUGCACAUGAUGAACCGAUUCUCAGGCGUGGAAAGACGAAAAAGUCGGCUGGAAAGGUUAUGACAUCAGUAUUUUGGGAUGCACGUGAUACUUCUUCUUUCUUUUUAAUUGGCGUAGACACCGCUUAUGCGAUUAUAGCCGAGUUAACAACCGCGCGCCAGUCGUUUCUUCUUUUCGCAACGUGGCGCCAAUUGGAUAUUCCAAGCGAGGCCAGGUCCUUCUCCACUUGGUCCUUCCAACGGAGUGGAGGUCUUCCUCUUCCUCUGCUUCCCGCGGCGGGUACUGCGUCGAAUACUUUCAGAGCUGGAGUGUUUUCGUCCAUCCGGACAACAUGACCUAGCCAGCGUAGCCUCUGUCUUUUAAUUCGAUGAACUAUGUCAAUGUCAUCGUAUAUCUCGUACAGCUCAUCGUUCCAUCGAAUGCGAUAUUCGCCGUGGCGCAAAGGACCAUAAAUCUUUCACAGAACUUUUCUCUCGAAAACUCGCAACGUCGGCUCAUCUGUUGUUGAGAUCGUCCAGGCUUCUGCACCAUAUAGCAGGACGGGAAUUAUGAGUGACUUAUAGAGUUUGGUUUUUGUUUGUCGGGAGAGGACUUUGCUUCGCAAUUGCCUACUUAGUCCGAAGUAGCACCUGUUGGCAAGAGUUAUCCUGCGUUGGAUUUCUAGGCUGACAUUGUUGGUGGUGUUUACGCUGGUUCCAAGAUAGACGAAAUUAUCUACAACUUCAAAGUUAUGACUGUCAACAGUGACGUGAGAGCCAAGUCGCGAGUGCGACGACUGUUUGUUUGAUGACAGGAGAUAUUUCGUCUUGCCCUCGUUCACUGCCAGACCCAUUUGCGUUGCUUCCUUGUCCAGUAUGGAGAAAGCAGAACUAACGGCGCAUGCUUUCGUCCAACCAUAUUUUACAAAAAAGCUACUGCAUGCUUCUUAUCAGUUCUUCGCUGUCGUGUUUGAAUAGCUCUGUUGGCAAACCAUCCGCCCCCGCCCCUUUGUUGUUCUUCAGGAGGGUAAUUGCUAUUCAAACUUCUUCAAGGUCGGGUAAUGGAACGUCUACUUCAUCGUCAUCGAUUGGGGAAUCGGGUUCGCCUUCUCCCGGCGUUGUGCGUUCACUGCCAUUCAGCAGGCUGCAGAAGUGUUCCCUCCAUAAUUUAAGUAUGCUCUGGGCAUCGGUGACUAGAUCACCCUUGGGGGUUCUACAAGAGUAUGCUUCGGUCUUGAAACCUUCUGUAAGCCGCCGCAAUUUUUCGUAGAAUUUUCGAGCAUUACCCCUGUCGGCCAGCUUAUCAAGCUCUUCGUACUCAUGGAUUUCGGCCUCUUUCUUUUUCUGUAUCUAUCCCAUUCCGCACGUGUUGUGGGCGAUCGUAACGUUGCGAGGUAGGCAGUCUGUUUUCUGCCGCGACACGCUACUCCUCGUUGUACCAGGUGUUCUUUUGCUUUUCCGAAAACCAAUGGUUUCGGUUGCAGCUGUACGUAAGGAGUUUUAAAUGCCGUCCCACAGUUCCCUUAUACCGAGUUGUUGACGAGUGGUCUCAGCGAACAGGAAUGCAAGUCGAGUAGAAAAUCGUUCGGCUAUCUGUUGUGAUCGCAGCUUCUCGACGUCGAACCUGCCUUGUGUUUGUGGGCGUGCGUUUUUUGCUGCACAGAGGCGGGUGUAAAUCUUGGCUGCAGCAAGAAAGUGGUCCGAGUCGAUGUUAGGACCUCG